ACUAUUUACCAGAUUUUAAAGGCACUUUAAACAACUUUUACGAUGAAAAACUAAAAGACACCAUUGAAAACAAAAGCACCGAGUAUAAAGACUUAGCCAGUGAAUUUAUUGCUAAAAGUUUAAAUUACCAAAAAGCUCUGUUAGCCAUUGGAGUGGCUAUUUUUCUGUUAUUGGCUAUUGCCUACUUCUGA